GGAGGAGGAGGAGGAGAAGGAGAAGGAGGAGGCGCAGGCGGAGGAGGGAAAAAAAGAGACCAUAGACUUCCACCUGGGUCUAGAGCGGCUCUUAAAGUGGUAGGGAGAGGAGGGAGGGCUGGGACCACCUUCAGUACAGGCCGCCGGCGGUAUCAUGGCGACCCGGAACCCCCCUCCCCAAGACUAUGAAAGUGAUGAUGACUCUUACGAAGUGUUGGAUUUAACUGAGUAUGCCAGAAGACACCACUGGUGGAAUCGAGUGUUUGGCCACAGUUCCGGACCUAUGGUAGAAAAAUACUCAGUGGCCACCCAGAUUGUAAUGGGUGGAGUGAGUGGCUGGUGUGCAGGAUUUUUGUUCCAGAAAGUUGGAAAACUUGCAGCAACUGCAGUAGGUGGUGGCUUUCUUCUUCUUCAGAUUGCCAGUCACAGUGGCUAUGUGCAGAUCGACUGGAAGAGAGUUGAAAAAGAUGUAAACAAAGCAAAAAGACAGAUUAAGAAACGAGCAAAUAAGGCAGCACCUGAAAUCAACAACAUAAUUGAAGAAGCAACAGAAUUUGUCAAACAGAACAUUGUCAUAUCCAGUGGAUUUGUGGGAGGCUUUUUGCUAGGCCUUGCAUCUUAAGGAUAUGAAUGAUCUAUCCCAGUGGAGUCACCUAUGAGAAGAGAAGUGGUGACAAGAUGCUGUCAACAUCACAUACUAGCAGAUUCUCCAGGAUGACAAGAAACAACUAGCUGGACGAUACCAAACUCACUGCUUAGCAUUUUGCCAUCUGAAAUUUGGCAGACUACUAUCUGCUAUAAAACAACCUAUAUGGUAUAUGUAUAAUAGUAUUCCUAAGCAAAACAUGGCUUUUAUUAUUUUUUAAAAAUUUGCAUUUGUUUAAAAUUUGCCUAUAAAACACCAUCAUUGGAAGUAGAAAGGGAGAGAGAAGCAAAAUCUGUUGGAUCUAUUCCCCAGUGAAAUAUUUUCCUCAUUUUAUUUUAAUAAGAUGUUCUCCAUUGUGCUUUUUAGUAUAGUGCCAAUAAUUAAAAAUUUGUACUAUAGCUUCAACAUUAGGGCUGACUUUUUUUUGUCUAAAGCUAUGUUUGCAAUAAACUGAAGAACUGUGAUGCCCUUUUGUGGAAGGCUUUACAAAUAAUAGAGUUAUUAAAGAUAUUAAAUUUAA